GUCGAUUUAUGUUUUUUCUGAGGUCGACCGGAUCUGUUUUGCACUCAAUUGGUACGAGGAUUUGGCCCAUUUUAGACUCGUUUCAAUUUAGCUGAGGUCGACCUAUGAUGCUUCUGAGGUCGACCUAUGAAGGCAAAAGUUGGAGUUGUGCAAUUCUUUGAAUUAUUUGUGCGAAACUAACACUGGUCGACCUCUUCUAAUUAUGAGGUCGACCGGAUCUGUUUUGCACUCAGUUGGUACGAGGAUUUGGCCCAUUUUAGAAUCGUUUCAAUUUAGCCGAGGUCGACCUAUGAUGCUUCUGAGGUCGACCGAUGAAGGCAAAAGUUUGAGUUGUGCAAUUGUCUUUGAAUUAAUUGUGCGAAACUAACACUGGUCGACCUCUUCUAAUUAUGAGGUCGACCGGAUCUGUUUUGCACUCAAUUGGUACGAGGAUUUGGGCCAUUUUAGACGUGUUUCAAUUAAGCCGAGGUCGACCUAUGAUGCUUCUGAGGUCGACCGAUGAAGGCAAAAAUUCGUGUAUGUCGACCCAUUCCCGUUUUAAUUAACUGAGGUCGACCUAUGAUUCUUCUGAGGUCGACCCAUUCUCGUUUUAAACUAACUGAGGUCGACCGCUUUAUGGAGUGGUCGACCGCGUAUUGUUCAUUUCGAAAAUGUGACUAACGUGUAUUCUUGCUUGUUUGAUCGCAGGAUGUUUGGCGGCAAAAAGAAAAGAAAGGCACAAAAAGCUGCUGCCUCAAGUUCGGAAUGGGAAGAGUUCAAUCCCAAUCUGUUCCAGACCAAGGAGCAAAGUGAGAACUAUGAAGAGAAGAGAAUGCACAACCGCAGGGUGGCUCCGGGAAGGCCAUUGACGACGGAUGCGUAUUCUCAUUUCGAGAAUUACGGGUUUCUGGGACCCUUCAUCGAGCAAGAGUGGUUGAAGGUGAUAUCUCUCAAUGUACCAUACUACCCAAAACUGGUACAGUACUUCUACAACAACAUCGUCUACGAGCGCAAUGCAAAUGGAUCCAUUCACGCAUUCAAAUCCUAUGUGAAUGGGGUGGCGAUGCGCAUCAGCAAGAAUGUGUUGGCGCAAGUACUUCAGGCUCCAAACGAGGGGAAGAGAAUCAAUUCUUACGGUGCUUGGAAUGAAACGCAUUUCACGAGAGCCAAUCAAAUCCAGACGGUAUGUGGUCUUGAUGAAGAGGAAGAUGCUCAGGGGGGCAAUAGGCCAUCGAGUAACCACCUGACAGUUCAAGCCAGAGUUCUUCACCACAUGCUUUCCUACAACAUUCUGCCAAAGGGUGGACAUCGGGAGACAGUCACCUACUUCGACAUGGAGCUCCUCACCAACCUACUGUUAAGCGAGAAGGUGAACUUGCCAUACUUAAUCUUUAACCACAUGCUUAAUGCUGCAGAGAGUUCAAACAGGAAUCUUCCCUAUGGGAUGAUCCUCACUGUGCUAUUUGAGCAUUUUAAUGUGAAUUUAAGUGAAGAGGUGGGGUUAAGAAUCUCAAGGCAGGAGUUCUAUACUGUUUCAUCUCUGAAAAAGAUGGGCUUUGAGCUGCGUAAUGGUGAGUAUGUCAGAGUAAACAAUGCUCAUGGUGGUGAUGAUGAUGAUGAUGAUGAUGAGGGUGAUGAAGGAGCUCGAGACGAGCCAAUGGGGGAGGCACAGAGUUCAACUCCACCGAUCACCUUACAGCGUGUGUGGGAGCGCAUGGAUGGCAUGUACGAGUACAUGGGCCAGAUGUCCACCCAGAUGACUGGCAUGCACGACUACAUGGGGCAAAUGACCGCCCAGAUGAGCACAAUGCAGGUGAUCGUGAAUGAGAUGCGAGAUGAGUGGUGAUCUUUCAGCGGAAGAUACAUGCAUCCCACCACAUCCGACCACCAUCAUGCUAGCACCACCAAUGAAGAAAAUGUGGAUGAGAGAGAGGGGGGAGAUGAGUAGGAGAAAUGAGUUUUUAUAUUGUGUGUUUUAGUGGUCAAAAAGAUUGUUGAGUGUUAUUCUGUUGUUUUUUUAGUUUUAUUUUUAUGUGUGAACAAUUAUGAUUUCUGUUUUAUUUUUAGUUGUUAUGCUAUGAAUUGAUGAGUCCUUGUUAUAAUUAUGACUAAUUAUGAUGGUUUGAAACAUAAUUUAUACGAUUAAAAGAACCACACAAAUCGACAUACAUAAGCAAAAAAGACACGGGGCAUAGGGUGACUUUCUUGUAUUCGGUCGACCUCGUAACGGAUUAGGUCGACCGCGAAACCAACACUUGAUCUUGAUUUUACGUCAAUUAAUUGGACACUUUGACAGAACACUUAUCUUCUAUCUGGUCGACCUCUUUCAUCAUCCGGUCGACCAUUUUGUUAAUGACUGCAAUCAAGUGGUCGACCUAUAUACCUUAGGUGGUCGACCAUGUUGUUUCUGACGCCAACGAAAUGGCCGACCCAGGUUUUAUUCUGGUCGACCAAAAAGUGCAAUAGGUCGACCAUGCUUUCUCGUGCUGCCCAAAUUAGUCGAUUCGGUCGACCGCCUUCAGCAAUAGGUCGACCGAAAAUUAGUCGAAAAUUAGGUGGUCGACCAUGCUUUCUCGUGCUGCCCAAAUUAGUCGAUUCGGUCGACCGCCUUCAGCAAUAGGUCGACCGAAAAGUGCAUGUCACCGUGACAUGCAUGUCAUAGUAGGCAUACCCUAUCUUAUUAUAGUUUGCUACCUAAUUUUUAAUGAAAAUCAAUAUUUUUAAUAUUUUUUCUUAAAUUACAUAACUAUAUGGGUUGAUGUGCACCGACUCAUGCUUCAUGAUUGAUUAACCGACCUUGAACUCACAUGCCACGUAGUUGGUAUGCCUAUCAGAUACCCGCUCUGACCUAACCCAUUGCCAUUCCUAAUCCGGUGUAAUUGAGCUCUUAAUUUAUUAAUCAAUUUGACUCGGAUAAAUAAUAUACAAAUAGGUCCCACGUUACCCUCGCCAAUUUUACAUCUAAUGAAGGUAACCAAUUCUUUUUAAGGGCCUUUAUUAUGAGGAUGUUAUCGUCGUCCUAAAAAUUACUAAAUGUGUCCUAAAAAUAUUCUUUCACUCUUUUGGUACGAAGAAAAAUAAUAAUUCAAAUCCUACCAAAAAAAAAAUUUCAACUAUCCUAAAACACCCCUUAAAUGCUAAAUAUUAAAAAAUUACAAUCACAAUUUAGUUUAUAUUACAUAAGUUAAUCCCAAUUAGAAAAAUAUUCGAUUGGAAGUAGACUUUGGCUGAUCGUUGCCAUGAUAAAACCCAAUUUUGUUAACUAUCGGUCGACAUAUCAAGAUCAAUAUUCGAUUCGACCCCAAUUAAACUAUUUUUUUUCCUUAAUAGGAUCGAACGGAAUGUUGACCUCGAUGUGACGGAGGGCCAAAUGAAAUUCAUUUUCAUUACGGCCUAUUGUCAACAUAAGUUAACAUUCCGUCUGCCCAAAAAUAUAGCCAAUGACUUUCAUCUUCUUCUCAGAUUGUGUCUUCUUCCGUUGUUAUCAUUCGAUUUUCUAUUUCCAGCCUCACUUAUUCAUUUUAGGGAUAACAAUUACCCACCCAUGAUAAUUAUAGUCAAACUCAAAUAGAUCCAUUGAUAAUGAUUAAUGGGGUAGGGUAUAGAUGAGGUAUACAUGGGUUUGAGUAAGGUAUGAAUAUUGCUUCCAUAAUCUAAAAGGAUUUGGGUUGGGUAUGGAUAUCCAUUUUCUUGAGAGUGUUUCAACUACACAUAACAUAUUUGUAAAACUUGAAAAGUUUAAGUAUCAUAAUGCAAGACCCAAAAAAUUUAGGUACUAAAAUAUAAUUUUACAUCGAUAUUUUGAGGACUUAUAUGCACAGAAAUAAAAUUUAGGUACCUAAUUUGCAUAUCUAUUAAGCUUAGCUACCAAAAACUAUAAUUUGCAUUUGGGCAUGGGUACAAACCAAAAUCUAUGUGUUAAAAAUCCAACCCAAAUUCAUAAAUAUGGGUACAAACCCAUCAAACUCUACCCAUCUACCAUCUAUUUGGAUAGUAAAAUAUCUAUAGGUAUGGGCAAAAUUAUCAUCCCUAAUCCAUUGCAUGAAAUUGCAAUUUCAUCUUCCAAUUCACAUUUCAGAUAGUAACUAAAAUGAUUAUGCUAUAAACACUGUUAAUUUAAUUGCGUCGAAUAGGCCAAGCGACUUGACCGAACUAAAUUUGAAAUGAAAUCGAGGUUUUGUUUGGAAUAAUGAAAUGGCCAUUAGCAAAAUUAACCUAGGCAUGUAGUUUGGAAUAAUGGUAUGUUAACAAAAGUAACCCUUUGGCGGUAGGAAUCUCAUAUUCCAAGAGUGGCUUCUCGUAAAGAGGUCGGCAUUCAUUAUUUGGUCCAAAUAUGAACAGAACGCAUGCGUUUUUAAUAUUGGCAAAAUUUCCCUUCCGUGAAAUAGGGAGAGCCAAUGAAAAUGCCAAGUGGUAAGAAUGAUAUGAAGUGAAGCAUAUAAUAUGUUUUGUUGAUUACAUUAAGAUGAACAAAUAAAAAAACUAAGUAAAAAAAAAAAGGAGGCUUCUUCAAUCUUUGGGCACCAAUCAGAAUUGGAGGCCUAUCCUUUGAGGCUUUUUGGCCUCCAUAGAUCAUCAUUUUGGGCUAGAAACAUUGCCCAUGACCUAAAAAAAGAAAAGAAAUAGUUAGAAAAAAGCCAAACCAGCAGCCCACAUUUGAGCGCAAUUCAGGCCCAUGAUUUUUGGCCCAUUUAGAUCAGGUCAACCAACCAGAUCAACCAAAGUCAACACUGGUCAACCUGGUCAACUCUGAUCGACCCGGUCAGCCAACCCCAUUGUCUAUAUCACAUCCCAAGAGGCAGCAUAUCCAUAUCACAUCUCAAGAGGCAACAGAUUUUUAUUGCUGCUCUCUUAAAAACAACAAUUCGGCCACCUCCCCAAGGAACCAACAAGAAUUUGCCAUCAACAUAAGUAGAUCUGGCCACCACCUCACAGCCCAAUGGAAGACAGCCAAAGCAAUAGAAUGAACAGUACAAGGUGAUGAUAUAUAAGGGGUUCUCUUACCCCAAACAAAGGCAGCAGAGGAGGACUUACAGGAAGGAAAGAACAAAUAAAAAACACUAAAGAGACAAGGCAUUAAAACACAAAAUAGACAGAGCACGAAGCACAAAAAGGGGCAGAUCAGGAGCAUUAAGAGGUACAAAGGAUGCAGAAAGUCAGAGAUAGCAAUAAGCCAUCCCCAUCAAACUCCACCAAACCACAAAAAGAGGUUGUGUUUCUUCACCCCACCAAUCACACAAGCACAUAUUCACCCAUUACAUCCAUAUAGUAACUCAAAAUCAUUUAAUAUGGUUGUAAAUGAUGUUGCUUCUUUUUUUACAUAACCCAUUAGAUACGGUGCUUAGAUCUGUAUGUGAAGUGGGCAUAAAAAAGUGUGUUGAUUUUUUGUAAUAUGUAUGCUUCUUUAGACCAACCAUUUUUGUCGUUAUAUGCUAUGCCUAUCGCUUUCAAUUUUCUGGCAAACAUAACUUUUGCCGAGUGGCUAGCUAAAUUUAGUGCUCUAAUCAACUAGAUUAGUCCAU